AUGAGCCAGGUGAGCUACACGGCGGUUCCUGACAACCAUCAAGAACCUUGUGAAGCGACGUCGGUGAACCCUGAACGAUGCUGUGACACUGACUUGAUCGCAGAGGACUCCAUUCGUGGAGCUACGAUACCGAUCGCAUUCCGGGAAAUCCUAUUUGACCUUCACCUUCGGAAAAGUCAGCGAUUUUUCUGCAUUGGUGCUUCGUUGCUUUUGACCACCACAGCGCUGUUCCUUUUACUAUUUAUGCUUGUAUGUUUCAAUCGCGUAAUGGAUAGAAUAACUGUGCAGCAGCUUAGGAGUAAACAAGGGCUACGCAUGAUACCAGACUAUGAUGCACGUACCGGUAACGGCAUUUUGAGCCUUGCUCGAGACAAAGUGGCAAAGGAGCGCUAUGUGGAAACGAUUCAGGAAUAUAUCGAAGCAUACAAGAAGGAGCAGACGUCGCGUGCGAAUUUCACAAAAGAAUGCAAACCGUCAGAAAAGGUUAGAGUUUUCAGUUUUGGCGUAGAAGGAUCACUUCCAUGA